GUGUAUUUGCGUGUUUACUUCCGUUUGUUAGUAAUGAAAAUGUUAUGCUAAAAUAGCAAGCGGUGCUUCUCUUUACGAAAAAUGCACUAAACAACGCGUUUUUAAAAAUCGGAAUUCUUUUUAAAAACGCAAACAUUAUAUUCUUGUCUAUUAGUGGAAAUGUGCAACGGCUGCGUGCAAAAAGAAUACCCCGAUCGGGGAAGCACUUGUCUGGAGAAUGGCUCUUAUUUGAUGAAUUACAUGGGCUGUGCCAAAUGCCAAUACAGAGACUUCGUGUUAAUCUGUAAUAAAGACACAGAGGAUGAUGAUGGCGAAGAGAUUGUCACUUAUGACCAUGUUUGUAAAAACUGUGACCAUGUCAUCGCCAGGCACGAAUAUACGUUCUCUGUUGUUGAUGAAUAUCAGGAAUACACGAUGCUUUGCAUGCUGUGUGGAAAGGCAGAAGACUCCAUCAGUGUGUUGCCAGAUGACCCCCGACAGAAUGCACCACUCUUCUAGGCCUCACAAUUAGGUUACAAAAUACAAUGCUGUAGAAUGGCAUCAGAUGCUUUAGAACUGGCAUGGUCAGGUCAAAAACCUAUAUUCUGCUGACUUUGUGUUUGCAAUUAUUUAGCAGAGAAAUGUCUUAUAUAUUGUAGUUUUGUAAGAACGAUAUUCCUAUAUGUAACUACAGUGUAUCACAAAAGUGAGUACACCCCUCGCAUUUCUGCUGGUAUAUAUCUUUUCUGGGACAACACUGACAAAAUUACACUUUAACACAAUGAAAAGUAGUCUGUGUGCAGCUUAUAUAAUAGAGUUCAUUUAUUUUCCCCUUAAAAAUAAUUCAA